UCUAUAUUAUAUAGUCAUCACGUUUGGAUAUAUUAUCAACACUUAAAUAACUAGGAACAGGGUUGACAUCAAUCAGAAACGGUCUAUUCGAGUAUCAGUUUACGUACUCCCAUACUCAGCACCUCAUACUCAAAAUCACAAAAAUAAAAAAACCAUCAAAACCCCAAAUCCAAACUCCAGAAUAUAACCAGAAUCAGAACGCACCAGAAUUAUCAACCCAACAAGAGAACAAACAAUGGCCCCCAACCCAGGCCAAACCCUAUCCUCUAAAUCAUCUGAACCAUCAACUCCUCCCAAUACCUCAAACCCCGAUACCUCACCCCCGAGAACCCAAUACCAGAUCAACAAGAAACACUACACCUCUAAACGCUCCUACAGCCAGAGACGGCUAGAUCAGAUCGCCAGAGUGCAGGCCGAGCUGCAGCAGGCCAAGGAUGAGUGUGAAGCGUUGGAAAUGUAUGUUUAUCAGCUGGAAGAGGAGAGGGAAUGGUUGAGGUAUAUUCUUCGGGGGGAGGGGUAGUGUUCUUUUGUAUUUCCAAGGUAUAAUUAUAGGGGUUUAUUAGGAUGUUGUGUGCUAUGCUUCUGUGAAAGGGGGAUAUAUGCUUUGCUUCGCUGUGUAUGUUAUAGAUGGAUGGUGGAAGAUACCAGUUAGUGAUGAAGAGUAAAGAGGUAUAUUUG